AUGAGAAUUGCUGAGAUAUCCUCGCCGGAGCUCCGGCGAAUUAACCGAGAUGUAGAGGCUCCCCAUCGUCUCCUCUCUCAAAUCGAGGUAACUGUCAAGCAACUUGAAUCCCACUCCGCCGACAAACCUCCACCGGGGACCGUCGCCGCCGAUCUCCGGCAAUGCCUGACUCAGCUGGGUCAACUUGCUCCGUUUUCCAACUCCCUGAAGCUUCAGAUUUGGAAGCUCAGCUACCGCCUCUGGAACGCCUGCGUCGACAUUUCCAACACCACAUCCAUACGCUGCUCCUCCGUCACCGUUGCCGCAGACGAAAACCAAGCCGAACUUCGGCACAUUACCGCCGACCUCCUCUCUAUCGCCGGCGAAGUUGCCGGUGUCCCCUCUCCUGCGAUCAAAUCGUUAUCGUUCUACUACAAGACCGGUCUGAUAUGGCACAAUCUCCAGAAAUUCGAUCUGGCUAACAAAUGCUUCGAGCGAGCCACGGAUCUGGUCUCCAAGCUCGACAUUGCUUCAAUCUCCGACGCCGGAGAGCGAAAACUGUUGCUGGAUCUAAACCUGGCUCGAUCCCGAACCGCAUGGGAGGCUCGGGACCAGAACCUCGCAGUGGCGCUGUUGAACAGAAGCAAGAGCUUGCUCUUUGGUUCAUGCGAGCACUACAAAGAGCUCGCGAAGCAGUUCAUGGCGUUCGGCAAAAGCUCGUUGUCAAAGUGCAGCGAAGACUCUAAUCGCGAUUUGAGCGAAGCGUUGAAGCUGAUGAACGAGGCGUUGGAGAAUUGCGAGAAGGGAUUCGGUGUGGCGAGAACACGGGAAGAUAAGGUGGAGAUCAGAGGGUUGAGGUGGAAGGUGUUGAGAUUCAUCGCCGCGAUACAUUUGCAGAAGGAGGAAUUUGAGAGUGUGAUUAAGUGUGUGAAGGUUCUGAGAGAUUCUGCUGAUGGUGGUGAUGAUCAUCCGAGCCUUUCGGUGUUGGCUAUGAAAGCUUGGUUAGGGUUGGGGAGGCAUGUUGAAGCGGAGAGGGAAUUGAGGGGAAUGGUGAUCGACCGAGGGAUUCCGGAAGGAGUUUGGGUGUCGGCAGUGGAGGCGUAUUAUGCUGCGGCGGGGACGGCGGGGGCGGAGACUGCCAAAGGGGUGUUUUUAGGGCUGUUGGGGAGGUGCCAUAUUAGUGCCGGUGCGGCGGUGAGGGUGGCGCACAGGGUGAUCGGUGGUGGUGGUGAAGGAGCAAGAGUAAGGGCCAAAGUGGUUGCUGAGCUUGUGUCUGAUGAAAGGGUGUUGGCGCUCUUUGCUGGUAAGGAAGCUGCUAAGGAUAAGGUGGCAAUGCAUUCUGUUCUCUGGAAUUGCGGUGCUGAUAAUUUUCAAUCAAAAGAUUAUGAGACCAGUGCAGAACUUUUUGAAAAAUCAAUGCUGUAUAUUUCAUAUGAUACAGAGAACAGGGUACUUCGAGCCAAGGGCUUCAGAGUUUUGUGUCUCUGCCACCUUGGUCUCUUGCAGUUGGAUCGUGCUCAGGAAUACAUCAAUGAGGCUGAAAAGCUUGAGCCCAACAUUGUCUGUGCUUUUCUGAAGUUCAAAAUUUAUCUCCAAAAGAAUGACCACCAAGGAGCUACUUCUCAAAUUGAAGCGAUGACAACGUGCCUUGACUUUCAACCAGAUUUUCUCUCACUUUCAGCCCAUGAAGCUGUUGCUUGCCAUGCUCUACCUGUUGCUGUUGCCUCCUUAUCAAGUAUGCUAAACUUCUAUGCUUCAGGAAAGUCCAUGUCAACAGCAGAAGUAACAGUUCUGCGCACCUUGUUGACAGUCCUCUCUCAAGAACAGGGUAAUGAGCAGCAAGUUCUCAAAUUCCUAAAACAUGCCCAUACACGAGCAACUGAGCUUGGUCCUGAUUACUUCUUUGGGAAAGAGGAGGUUGGAAGACGGGAGCGGAAUUGGUUUGCUGUGACUUCAUGGAACUUUGGUACAAAAACAGGGCAGGAUAAGAACUUUGAAUUGUCUGUUGAGUUCUUAAGACUGGCAUCAGAUUUUUAUGCCCUAGUUGAAGGGUCUGAUAAUGAGAACAAUGUCAUGGUUUGUAAAUCGUUAACACUUUCUGCAUCUUCGAUGAUAGCUUUAGAAUUUCAAAGGAAGACAGCUUUGUCAGAAACUGAAGUCAAGCAAGCUGUACAUUUGCUAGAUAGAGCGGGACAGAUGCUAAAGUCAAUUUCAGCUGGGAACUCUGUUAAUGAUGACCAAAUUAACACCAUUGAACCUGACCUUUUCUUCAUAUACACUUUCUGUGCUUAUGAUAUACAAGGCAGGCUGAAUGACUUAGGAUCACAACUCCUCAGUGUGAGAAGUUUUGCCAGUUCAAAGGCUUGCAAACCCCAGUACCUCCUUCAAAUAGGUCUCUCUGCCUCACAGGGACCACGGUCUAAUCACGAAGUAGCCACCUUUGCUCUAAACGAGUGCCUCUCAUCUUUCCUCUCAUCACCAGUUCCAGAUUAUCAAAAUGUUGCUCUUGUUGUUCGCAAGCUUAUAGCCAUUGCCAGCAUUCACAAGGGUGAUAAAGAUGAUGAUUUUGUAUAUGGCAUGUACAAGCAAGCCUACGGGAUUAUGGUUGGUUUGAAGGAAGAUGAGUAUCCAAUUGAAGAAGGAAAGUGGCUUGCCAUGACUGCCUGGAACCGAGCAGCAGUGCCAGUGAGAUUGGGUCAAAUUGAAGUGGGCAAAAAAUGGAUGACCAUAGGCUUAGACAUUGCAAAGCAUGUUCCAGGCAUGGAAGCUUACAAAGCAUGCAUGGAAGAUCUACUAAACAGUUUGGAAAAAAAACCUUGA